AUGGAUUUAAUAGAUACUAACAUUGCAUUAAGUGAUGAGGACGAUGAAGAAGAAAUUACAGCAGAAGUAGUGUUAAAAACUCUGCAAAGUGCUUGGCAGAAUGAACGUUUAGCUCCAGAGAUACUCCCACAUCGUAAUGAUAUGGUUGAAUGUAUGCUUGGACAAAUACAACACAUGGAGCGGAAUAUCAACAAGUUGCCCAAAAUUGAUCUUCGUGCCUCUAUACACAAAAUGGAAUUAAGUAGAAUAAAAUUUAUAAUAUGCAAUUAUCUUAAAACUAGAAUAAAUAAGAUAGAAAAAUAUUGUAUUCCUAUUUUAAAUGAAGAAAGGCAAAGAAUGGAAACGGGCAGUAAUUAUUUAACCCCAACAGAAUUUAAGUAUGCUCAAGAAUUUGUAAUGAAUAUGGAGAAUCAUGUGAAGACAGUGGUACUGAGUAAAAUGCCUGGGAAUAUGCAAUUGUUUGAGAUGAAUAAAAUGGCCGAGCAUCCCAACUUGCAUAGUCAUGUGUUUCUAAAAGCAAAUGAAACAGUCACUGGCAUAGUGUUAGAGGACUUGGCUGGUGAAGAUGAAGAAAUAGACUUAGAGGAAGGAUCACAACAUAUCUUGCAGUACAAACCAAUAGCAGACCUUAUAAAAAAUGGGAAAGUUCAACUGAUAUAA